UGAGUCGACUGACGGUGUUGCUGGCCAGGUACCAAGAGGCAUACCCUGAUUUUGUGCUACAAGAGUAUGGUCUGGAAGAGGAGAAAAGCAGGGAUUCCCACCCAUGGAUCACAGAGAGCAAGGAACUGUCCCCACUACUACGUGAGUACGAUGCGACGAUCUACGGACUCCAGGAGCAGUUGGGAAACCUCCAGGAAGAGCUCAUGACCUUGAGGAGUCGGGCUGACCUUCUGGUACAAGAAAAUGACGGAUUGCGUCAUGAGCUACGUGAGAGUGUCCAGAGUGGGCUGACCGUUGGUCAAGGCAUGGGGGGAGGAGACGGAGGUGUGGACGGGGAGGGGGCCCUGGGGAAUCUACAGCAGCAGGUGGAGAUAGCUGUGCAGGAGAAAGAUGCAGCCCAGGAAAAAUGGCGAGAGGCUGCGCAGGAAGUAGAUCGCUUGGAGGCGGAACUGGAGGUGGAAAAGGAGAGUCACCAGUGGAGGGUAGUGGAACAACAGGCGCAUCAGGUCAAAGAUCAGUACCACCAGUCUGUGACGGCCCUGGGCUCUGAAGUGGAAACUCUACACACUGAGCUGAGGGAGACAAGGACAGAGAACUCCACGCUGGUGCAGAAAGUCUCCCAGCUGAAGCUGACAGUCAGCGAGUUACAGCAACAGCUGGUGUGGAAGUCGCAAGAGACGGCCGACAAUAUCUUCAAGGAGGGUGUGUCCGACAGCAAGAUCUCCGAGCUGAAGCGAAUCAUGGAUGAGCUGAGACACAGGCUGAGCGAGAUGACGCAGGAGGCUGAGGAGACGAGGAGAGAGAACAACUCUCUGCACAC